UGUAUGUACAACUGCACUGGGUGAUGCUGGGGAAAUUACAAAUGAAUCAGGAAUUCAUGAACAAUGUUUCCUAAUUUAAUGGCUUAGACAAAAGUUGUUGUCGUCUUCACAUUUUUAAACAGAGCCAUACUGUGCUACUUAAUAUGGAGAACUCAAAUCAAACCUCGUCGAACAGAUUCUUCCUUCUUGGCCUCACCAAUGUCCCAUACCUACAGGCAAUAUAUGUUUUAUUAUUCUUUAUAAUCUAUAUAACUGCGCUGUCAGGAAACUCCCUGCUUAUCAUCGUAGUAAGGAUCAAUGAGCAGCUGCAGACUCCCAUGUACUUUUUCCUGAGCAACCUCUCCAUAACUGAUAUCUGUGUAUCUUCCACCGUAGUACCCAGAAUAAUAAUAAACACCUUAUCGUGGGAUAAAAGUGUUUCACUCUUAGACUGUGCAUUGCAGAUGUUCUUUAGUUUGGCUGUAGGUGGGACGGAGUGUUUGAUUCUAGCUGUUAUGGCCUAUGACAGGUAUGCAGCCAUAUGUCAGCCAUUACACUACAAUACAGUUAUGAACAAGAAACUCUGUAUAUGUAUGGCUACAGGAUCAUGGACUUUCUCAUUUACCAGUGCUUUCCUCCAUGUAUUUUUUACUUUACAACUGCCUUUUUGCCGUUCGCACAACCUUAACCAUUAUUUCUGUGAGAUGCCUCCUUUCUUUAAGAUCUCUUGCCGAGAUACUUGGCCCAAUGAGUUAGCCAUGUACAUAACAGCCAGUAUAAUUGCCAUGUUUUCAUUCCUUUUGACUCUCAUAUCAUAUAUUCACAUAAUCUCCACUAUUCUGAAGAUCCGUUCCAGUGAAGGAAGACGGAAAUCUUUUUCCACAUGUACAUCCCAUCUCACAGUGGUCUUGCUGUUCUAUGGCACUGUCUUGUUCAUGUAUAUGAGCCCUCACUCUGCGUAUUCAGACAUAAAUAAGGCAGUGUCCAUUAUUUAUUCAGUUGUGAUCCCAAUGCUGAAUCCUAUCAUUUACAGUAUGAAAAAUAAAGAUGUCAAAGGCACCAUAAGAAAACACCUGAAUAAGCACAUGUGAAAAAUCCUAAAAAAUGUCAACUUAUUGGACUCAUCCCCACAGUACAAAGAGUGUUGCAGUAGAGAUAGAAGAUCCAGUGGCUUUUGCACACUUUCCAUUUAAGGGGCAUAUUUAUCUCAGGGUAGAAGUUUAAGAGAAGAAAAUGACCCCUAACAGUAUAAGACAAGCCACACACUGUUGGGAAAUAUUUUUUUAGGAAAAUUGGAUCUUCCUAUGUUCCAAACAAUACAUUAUAGGGCAGAUAAUGCCCCACCACUAUAAUUUAUAAAGAUGUUGAAGACAUUGGGAAGUUAAGUCACUGUAUUCAGGUUACGUAACUCCAAGGUGACUUCUAAGUGACAGGCAGUGUCCAAAGGAAAAAAGUUCGACAAGAGAUCACCAUUAACAACAACGCAGAGGAGACUUGCUUUUCCAUUGGAAUAAUGCCUGUGGCAACCAGAGGGUUAAUAGCAGACAGCUCCAGAGAAGGCAGGAUUUGUUUGCAGCAGCAGCAUUCCAGUGCAGACUUCAUAAAAGAAACAUAAGGCAUGAAAGUGAAGUUCCUGACUGUGUGUGGGAAGUCUGACUGGCUUUUGCAACUUUCCUUCUUUGGAGCUGUCUCUCGUUAAUGUUUGUAGAUAAUAUUAACCAGCCUCCUGAGUUUGCUGCCAGUAGAGGAUCAUUUAGUACGAAUGUCCCACCAUGUUUCUUAUAAUGAAGGAGGAGUUAAAAGCAGAUAGGCCAUCGAGCAGAGGUGAGCACCAUGAGAGGAACAUCUAUGGAGAAGGCCACCUUAAAGAAAAACCACAGCCAGCACUCAAGUGAGCAGAAAGAGUGAAACCUAGUCAGUAUAGGCUUAGUUUUAUAUAAGCUCACUUAUGAGUUUAAGGCAGCGCAGGACAGGGAGCAUGGUGGGCAGCUUAAACCAUCAGGAAUGAGUAAGAAUAGCUUUCUAGUGGGCACCCUGCAAGGUUGAAGUGAGAAGGCUAUGGCAGUGUUAGGCCCUGGAGUGCUCUGAGCAAGAGACCAAGAAGAUGUUUGGACCCAUCAAGAAUGCCUGGAAAAGCUGGUGUCCUGGAAUCAACCUUGUGUAGGGCAAUGUGGUGACAGGUCCCCUAGAGUGACUCUGAUGGCUGAUGUCAAGCAUUGGGGAGAGAACACCUAAGUAAUUGAGAGCAAUUGUGUAAUUUAUUCCGAACUGACUGUAUUGAACUGUUCCUGUAACUCAGGGAUCCCCAACCUUUUUUUUACCAGAGAGAAACAUUAAUUAACAUUUAAUGAAAAGAGCUGGGGAGCAA